CCUUCAAAACCUAACUCUUAUCUGCAUUUUUCAUUCUAUCAUCUCCAAUAGUAUGGUUUCACUGAGAUUUUUCUACCCUUCUUCACUUCUCCUUGUUUGAAAAAUUAUUGUUUUGAGUUUCUGGGUUUGUCUUGGAUUGGCAAGUGCAGUUUCGGGUAUAUUGGUUUGAUUUAUGGUGAUGGGUUGAAGAAGGAAUUUUGAACACUGAGACUUUGUGAUAGAGCGAAGGGGAAUUAUGGAGUGGGAUAGUGAUACAGACGGGAGUGGUGAUGAGGAAGGGUUUUUACUGAACGAUGGAGGACCUUUGUCAUUUACAAUUGGAAGUUUGCUUCAGACGUCUACUUGUGGGUUUGCGGUUACGGAUGCUUUGGAGCCUGACCAUCCAAUUAUAUAUGUUAAUACUGGGUUCGAGCUGGCUACUGGGUAUAGAGCAGAAGAAGUCCUUGGACGGAAUUGCCGCUUUUUGCAAUGCAGAGGACCAUUUGCUAAAAGGAGGCAUCCGCUGGUGGACUCUACUGUGGUUUCAGAAAUACGAAGAUGCCUCGAGGACGGGGUUGAUUUCCAGGGUGACUUGUUGAAUUUUAGAAAAGAUGGUACUCCCUUGAUGACCAGAUUGAGGCUGACCCCUAUACUUGGUGAUGAUGAUACAGUAACUCAUGUUAUUGGCAUCCAGUUCUUCACAGAAGCAAAUCUUGAUCUGGGUCCACUGCCUGGAUCUUCAGCAAAAGAAUCAACAAGAUCAUCUGAUCGGUUUCAUUCGGAUCUUUCCUCUUACAGGCAUGUUCCAGCUGGGCAAGGAAUUGUUCCUCGUGACUUUUGUGGUAUAUUUCAAUUGAGUGAUGAGGUCUUGUGUCAAAAAAUACUUUCACGGCUAACACCAAGAGAUAUUGCUUCUGUUGGUUCUGUGUGCAAGCGGCUUUACUAUUUGACAAGGAACGAGGAUCUGUGGAAAAUGGUUUGUCAAAAUGCAUGGGGCAGUGAAACCACUCGUGUGUUGGAGACAGUGCCUGGGGCUAAAAGAUUGGGAUGGGGCCGAUUAGCCAGGGAACUAACCACACUUGAAGCUGCUGCAUGGAGAAAGUUGACUGUUGGAGGUACUGUAGAGCCCUCUCGCUGCAAUUUCAGUGCCUGUGCUGUUGGGAAUCGGAUUGUUCUCUUUGGUGGAGAGGGGGUCAACAUGCAGCCAAUGAAUGACACAUUUGUGUUGGACUUAAAUUCUCCUAAUCCAGAGUGGCAAUAUGUCAAAGUGAGCUCCCCACCCCCUGGCAGAUGGGGUCACACGCUUUCCUGUGUGAAUGGAUCUCACUUGGUUGUGUUUGGAGGCUGUGGAAGGCAGGGUUUGCUCAAUGAUGUUUUCGUAUUGGAUUUGGAUGCACAAGAUCCUGCUUGGCGUGAGAUCUCUGGUUUGGCCCCACCACUCCCAAGAUCAUGGCACAGCUCAUGCACCCUUGAUGGCACCAAGUUAAUAGUAUCUGGAGGUUGUGCAGAUUCUGGGGUACUUCUCAGCGACACAUUCUUGCUGGAUCUGUCAAUGGAGAACCCUGUGUGGAGGGAGAUUCCGGUAGCAUGGACUCCUCCAUCCAGGUUGGGUCAUACACUCUCAGUCUAUGGUGGACGGAAGAUAUUGAUGUUUGGUGGUCUGGCAAAGAGUGGGCCACUUCGGUUCCGUUCAAGUGAUGUCUUCACCAUGGAUCUUAGUGAGGAUGAGCCAGGUUGGAGAUGUGUAACUGGGAAUGGAAUGCCAGGUGCUGGAAAUCCAGGCGGUAUAGCUCCACCUCCCCGGCUUGAUCAUGUGGCUGUGAGCCUCCCUGGUGGUAGGAUCUUGAUCUUUGGUGGGUCUGUGGCUGGUCUUCAUUCCGCUUCUCAGCUCUAUCUCUUGGAUCCGAGUGAUGAGAAGCCAACCUGGAGGAUAUUAAAUGUACCUGGACGACCUCCAAGAUUUGCUUGGGGACACAGUACAUGCAUUGUUGGAGGAACGAGGGCUAUAGUUCUUGGAGGACAAACUGGAGAAGAGUGGAUGCUGAGUGAGCUUCAUGAACUGUCACUGGCAAGUUCUGUCGUGUGAUGCAGGAGAAGUAUAAUGGUAAGUUUCAUAGUUCAUACACAUUUAAUACUUGUCUGUUGUAUGGGUAGAAAGAAUUUUCUUUAACAGUUAGAAAAUGGAAGAACAUUUCAGUAGCAAGCAAACAGGUUCUAUGUUGGUCGAUUGUUGCUUACUUGCUUGUUAGGGAGUCUGCUGGAACUGACUAAUAUUGCUCUUCAGGACACUGCUUUCCAUCAUUUGUCUGCAUUGCAGUUUUCCUCAUACCAGGUUCUCUUCAUGAAGGCUAUGUUUAUAAAUGACAGUGUUCUAUUGACUUUUGUGAGGCGUGAAACUGCCUUAUAUUAGUGAGCACAUUGCACUGGGAUCCUGUCUAUUUGGUCAGGUAAGUAGUCAUGGGAAAUAGGUAAUGUUAUCUAUGUACGGUUCGGUUUCUUUUGUAUUUUCGUGUUGCUUUGGCCCCCAUGUAUUAUGGAGAACAGAAAGAAAGAGAAAUGAAGAGCGCUGUAUAUAAUGAGUUGUUCUGUUUGAGUCAUAUAUAUUUAAGGUGGGGGUUUACUCUCCUUCCUACU